AUGUCGGAUUCUUCAUUUGUCGUAUUUUCAGGAGGUUCUGCCUGUAAUUUUAUUUCUGCUGCAUUCCAGUCCAUCACACCCAGCGUCUGCUACAUUCUAGGUGUCUCUGAUAACGGUGGCUCUACUAGCGAACUGCUGCGAGUGCUGGGAGGACCUAGCAUUGGUGAUCUUCGUUCUCGUCUCACACGUUUGAUCAAUUCAGAUGGCCAUGAUUCUGAAGAACGAGUAGCUAUCAAAGAGCUCCUUAGUUACCGUCUCACAUCAGUGGGAGAUGAGCAUGUCAUUCGAGAUGAAUGGGCCAUGAUUGUGGAAGGGCGUCAUAGAUUGUGGGAGAGCAUUUCUAUAGAGAAAAAGGAAACGAUCAGAGGCUUUCUAGUCUUGUUCAACUUUGAAAUUUUAAAACGAGCUCACAAGCAUUUCAACUUUCGUAAUGGAUCUAUUGGCAAUUUCUUUUUAACAGGUGCUAGAUUAUUCUUUGGCUCAUUGGAAGCAGCCAUCUUUUUGUUCUCAUCCAUCACUGCUAUCCGUGAACCCACCUAUGUCCUGCCUGUCAUCAAUACCAAUCACACAGCAGCUAUUGCAGCUCUCUUGGAAGAUGGACAGACCCUGCGUGGCCAAUGUGAAAUCAGUCAUCCAGGACAGAACCAAAGUUGCAUCAAAUCCAUGAACCCCAUUGACGCAUUCUCCAAACUGGCCCUACCUAAUUCGCCUCAGCUAGACGACGAUCAAGUGAAUGGGAACCUAGUGUUUAGCAAAUCAACAGAGGAGAAACUCUCUGCUGCAAUUGCCAGAAUCUACUACAUGAACGAAUACGGCCAAGAAAUCUAUCCUCUUCCCAAUCCCAAAAUCUUGGAUCAUUUGACUAAACGCACUGAUCUCGUCUACUCAAUCGGCUCACUGUACACGUCCAUACUGCCAUGCUUGAUUCUUCGGAAGGUGGGUCAUGCCAUUGCUCACUCACCUUCCUUGCGACACAAAAUCCUCAUCCUCAAUGGCACGACUGAUCGCGAAACAGAUGGUUACACGGCCCUUGAUUUUAUAGGCACAAUCACCAAUGCACUGAAUGAGAGUCAGUUGAUUGAUGCUCGCAGAAAGUACUACGACACAUAUGCUGAGGAGGACCCCAUGGCUGGCAGUCUACGUCAACAUGGCCAUUCGCAAAAUAACUUUUAUCGCAGACCUGUAGAUCAUGGAUUUAGACAUUGGCCACCACCUGGCAUUGGUAAAUUGCAGACAUCCUCCUCCAGCUCGACAGCCAGCGGUCAGCAAGAAGGCUAUCCUGCUAAUGGAGCCUAUACCAAUGCUCCCUGCACCUCAGCACCAUUUCCGCCAGAGCUAGUUCCCAAUAGACCUCCCUCAACGUACAUUACACAUAUGAUCUACCUGUCCAAUUCCUUGGUGCAUGUCGAUGUGAAGGCUGUCGAGGCCUUGGGUAUCACUUGCGUUGUUGCCGAUCCUGAUCCGACCAGCACAGAACCAAGAUACAACUCUGCUACACUCCAGACAGUGCUUGAAUCAAUUACAAAUAAAGUAGAGCCGCACCCAACCAAUGCUCCUUUGCUCUAA